AUGCGGGUUUCGUUGUUAACAGCCUUCACGGGGCUGGCAGCAGCAGCAACGGCACUACACGUCGCAGAAAAUCGGACUCACAUCACACUCGCCAAUGACCGCCUCACAGCUGUUCUUCGGAAGAGUGUUGGCCAGAUUGUCGAUCUCGCUCUGGAUGGCCAAGACUUAUUGGGUGCCCAGUCUGGAUCUACGGGAAUAGGCCCAUAUCUUGACUGUUACUGUAUCCCUUCGGGCUUCUACACAGCUGGGGCCACAACCCCGAGCAUGGAAGUGGUUCAGGGUACAGAUUCCACCGGAACCAAAUAUGGAGGCAUGAUUCUGAGCGACACAUACACUCCCACCGGCCAACAAUUCCAACAGUACUGGUUCCUGCGCGAAGGUGAGACUGGAUUGCAUAUGUUCAGUCGAUUGGCCUACCAUAAUGAGACCACACCUUAUCUUCGCAAUUUACAGGAAAUGCGAACCCUGUUCCGUCCAAAUACGGCUCUUUGGACACAUCUGACGUCUAGUGAGGUCCAGACCGCACCACUACCAAGCAAGGACGCCAUUUCGAAGCAGAUUGUUGUCCAAGAUGCAACAUGGACAUUCAACAACACGCCCAGCGAUGCGUACUACACCCAGUUCUCUGAGUACUUUACUAAAUAUUCAUUCUCAAACCAAUGGCGAAAUAAUAGUGUUCACGGUCUUUAUGCUGAUGGCAGCACUUCAAAUGGAGCAACUUAUGGCGCAUGGCUAGUGAUGAAUACCAAGGAUACAUAUUAUGGUGGUCCACUCCAUUCUGACUUGACAGUGGACGGUAUCGUUUAUAACUACAUCGUAUCAAACCAUCACGGAGAGGGCACACCAAACAUCACAAAUGGGUUUGAUCGAACUUUUGGUCCACAAUUUUACCUUUUCAAUGGCGGCAAGGGCUCUGCAUCUCUCGAAGAAUUAAGAUCUGAGGCAGAAGAAUUAGCGAAUCCGCACUGGAACUCUGCAUUCUAUGAUUCUAUUGCAAAGCAUGUCGUCGGAUAUGCCCCCUCGAGCCAGCGAGGCAGUAUCAAGGGGACAGUGAAGCUCCCCAAAGGCGCCACUCGCCCAAUUGCCGUUCUCACUGUUGACGGCCAGUACUUCCAAGAUAAUAGCGCCGUCCCAAGCUCCUAUCAGUACUGGACUGAUAUCAAUCGAGAUGGAAGCUUCAGCAUUGAUCGUGUUAAGGAAGGCAAAUAUCGACUCACAGUCUACGCCGAGGGAAUUUUUGGUGACUUUGUGCGCGACGGAAUCACUAUUCGUGCAGGAAAACAGACUACACUUCGUGAUACUUGGAAGCAAGAGUCGGCAGGAACGGAGAUUUGGCGAAUUGGGAUUCCCGAUAAGUCAUCAGGGGAGUUCCGACGUGGCAAUGCGAGAGAUCCAACCCACCCGCUCCAUCCUCCCGAGUACCUUAUCUACUGGGGAGCUUAUGACUGGCGUACCGAUUUCCCUGACGGUGUCAACUACACUAUCGGUACAAGCAACCCUGCUACUGAUCUUAACACUGCCCAUUGGUCAGUCUUCGGGCCAACAGCAAAGGAUUCCCACAUCGAGUAUGACACAACGUACGACUGGACCAUCCAUUUUACACUCAACUCCAAGCAAUUACACAAACGCAAAACAGCUACAUUGACCUUACAAUUAGCCGCCGCAAAGACUGCCGCAGGCAACACAGAUGUGUGGAAUCCCGUUGAACCAUACAACAACCUGGCAUUAGAAAGCUACAUCAACAAUCAUGAAGAUCCCCUGACUCUCAUGGUUGGGUUCAACCAAUCAAGCAGCUGCAUUGUGCGGUCUGCUGUCAGCUGCUACCAGGUUGGGUCGAGAAUGGAGUUCCCGGCAGAUUGGUUACAUGUCGGAGACAACGUGUUGCGAUUGCAUUUGCCUUUCAAUGCAACGGAUACAGAGACUGCUAUUCUACCCGCCACUGUUUAUGUACAAUACGAUGCUAUCCGGCUAGAGCUUCAAUGA